AUGUGUUCCUACACUUACUCAUGGUACUACUGCAACCAUGACUACUACAUCUGGGCCAACAGCAUGGAAGUGUGUUCCAGCCGCCUGCUCUCCGGCUACUCGUACGAUGCCUGGAGCAUCGACAUGUGCAAGAACAUGACCGUCUCGUGCGGCGGCUUCUCAAACUACUACUGCCCCGGGUGCUCCGAAGACGUGGCGUUGGAGUAUGAGCUCGAUGAGCUGUGAACUUUGUUUCACCGCUUCCAAGCCGCCAGGGAGAGAGCGAGCAUGGAGCACGUCUCCGAACGAAUCGCGGUCUUCGUCGGAAAUUGGACCGGGGAUAAGGCUACACCGCCUG